AUGGCUGGCCCGAAGGAGCUUGCUCACGAGCCUAUUGCCGACGGCCUCCUCUUCGGCGAAUCGCCCCGAUACAGAAACGGCUUGAUAUACAUUAGCGACAUGACCGGCCGCGCAAUCUACACUAUCAAUCCUUCUUCAGGCGAGAAAAAGAAGCUGUUUGUGGCCGAAAAUCAACCGAAUGGCAUGUGCUUUGCGCCUGACGGGUCUCUCAUCUGGUCUUCAAUGUUCGACGCCAAGUUAUAUCGACGCGACUCAACCGGUACUACCACCCUAUAUUCCGACCUUUCCAACGUCAUGACUGGGUACUGCGGUGAUAUGGCGAUCGACACCAAUGGCCGUGUGUAUUUAGAUGACACGGGCGCACGAGUCUUGCACGGCGAGCAGCCGCGACCAGGUCGACUGCUGAUCGUCGAGACGGAUGGCUCGGUGUAUGUGGCAGACGAGAAUAUUAUUUUCCCAAAUGCUUUGUUCAUCAGCAAUGACGGGAAUUCAAUUUACUGUGCUGAGACAUUCGGGUACGGCCUGCUAAAGUGGGAUAUUGGAGCAGAUGGAAGACUGUCGAAUCGCCAGAAAGUGUGGUCGCCUGCAGCUGUCUCGCCGACCGGACAGACAGGAAUAACAUCACAUGGUCUGAUUGGCAUAGAUGGCGGAUGCAUGGAUGCGGAAGGAGGAAUGUGGCUCAGCUUGCUGGGCCUCGAGAAAUUCAUCCGCCUCGAUCAGCAGGGUAUUGUGACCCAUGAGAUCAACGUCAAUGGCCAUGCUACAGCUUGUACACUUGGUGGUGAGGAUGGUAUGACUCUUUAUUUGGUUACGAACUGGUUCCCCGAGGAUGAGGAGAGUAUUUUCACGGCUAUGGUGGCCAAAAAAACGAGGUGUACGGUCAGCUACGCAAAGGUGGACAUUCCAAAAGGGACUUCCAGGCCGUGA